GAGAAGCGGACACCUUCGCGGUGGUGCAGGAGCCUUUGUUUCCCGUCAAGAUGAGUGCUAUGCAGCGGAAAGAUGAAAUCCUGGCGAAGAAGGCCAAGCUCGCCGAGCUGAAGCGCCAGCGAGAAUUGAGACAGCGGGAGUUCUCUCAGACCCGCAUGAGCAUAGGGGAAUCAUCAGAGAUUCUAGCUCCUACGCCUGGUCGUUCGGAUAGAGCCGAGCUCGAUAGUUUAAUUUCCCGGCUUGUUGACAGGCCGUCGUCUGCCGCUCACAGGGAUGGUGGAGACGGGUCACCAAGAGGUCGCGGAAGCCGUCCAAACUCAGUCCUCAGUGGCGGACAGCUCAGCGGUGAAAAUAUCGAAGCCUAUACUCCACCAAUAAGGCCGCUAUCCCAGUCCAUCGCAACGCAGACCACCCAUGACCUUUCCGAUGCCGUGCCCCAACCCGCUCCUCCUCCGUCGCCGCCGAAGCCGGAAAUUCUAACGUACAGCAAAGCAGUGCAGACUGACACGUGGACGGAAUCAAAGACACGUUCAGAAGAUGGAACAGAAUCGGAGGGAGAAGACUCCCCCACUACUUCGCGUGCAAAUAAACGACUCAGCAGAAGAGAGCGUGAGCGAGACGAGGAGAUCAGAGAAAAGCUACGGCAGGAAAUUGAAGAAGAGCUAAAAGCCACACAAAGUUUAGCAGCAGGCGGUGAUGCUCAGCCCACCGGCCAAUUUAGAUAUCCGUUGCGCACGCUGACCAGCGAUGAGCUUAAUGCAGUCACUUCUUCAGGGGAGUUUUUAGAUUUUGUGGAAAGAUCAAGCAAAGUUAUUGAGCGAGCUUUGGAUGAAGAAUACGAUGUGCUUGCAGAUUAUGCACUGGGUGGAAUAGGGGGCGAGGACGAAGAGGAUGACGACUACAGACUGGGCAAGAAGCGGAGAGAAAUAAAGCAGGUCACUCAGUUUUGGGAUGAGAGAUGGAGUAAGAAGCGUAUGAUUACCGACGUUAGCUUCUCUCCAAAGUUCCCUGAACUGAUCAUAGCCUCUUACACCAAGAACCCAACCGCACCUCACGACCCAGACGGACUCGUCAAGGUCUGGAAUCAGCAUCUCCAUGCUCGACCCGAAUACAUAUUCCACUCAACAUCCGAUAUCCUCACAGCCAAAUUCAGCCCAUUCCAUCCGAACCUUAUCAUUGGCGGUUCCUAUUCUGGACAGGUGCUUCUUUGGGACACAAGAUCCUCGCGUGCAGGCGGAGGCGCUCCUGUGCAGAAAACUCCCUUAUCGGGGUCGGGCCACACUCAUCCGGUCUAUAGCAUCACCAUAGUUGGCACCCAAAAUGCUCACAACAUCCUGACAGCAUCAACCGACGGGGUGGUCUGCGGUUGGACGGUUGACAUGCUCUCCCAACCACAGGAAUACCUUGAACUCACUACUCCUCCACCCUCCAAAACCGAAGAUCUUGCACCCACAACCCUCUCGUUCCCUCAAUCUGAUCCCACAUUUUUCCUUGUCGGCACGGAAGAAGGCACUAUAUACCCCUGUCACCGUUAUGAUCGCGCUGGCGCCAAAGCGGGAACAGACCACCGCCUUUCUUAUCGUGGCCAUGCCGCCCCAGUUAUGUCAACAGCUUUCCAUCCCGCUCGUGGCCCCGUUGAUCUUGGAGACUUGAUGCUUAGUUCAAGUAUAGACUGGAGCGUCAAGCUUUGGCGAGUUCGCCCACCCGCGGCAACAUCCACUUCCUCAGGGACGUCUUCCUCGGCGGCAAGCAUGCAAACAGUUUCUCCAAUCCUCGAUAUCACCCGUGAGGACGUUGUAUACGAUGCUCGCUGGUCUCCAAAUCGACCGGGCGUGUUCGCCCUUGUCACUGGUGCCGGAUCGCUCGAGGUGUGGGAUUUAUAUACGGAGACUGAAGUGCCGACUGCCUGUGCAACUCCCACAUCCGGCAAGGGUGGAAUAUUGACUAAGAGCCUAAACAAAGUCGCAUGGGAAGAAAAGGAAGGAAGACGGCUUGCUACGGGCGGAUUGGAUGGUGUUGUUACAGUAUUUGAUGUUGGAAAGGGGCUAGGUGGAGGGCCAGAGGAACUUAGCACGGAAGAGUGGUCAGGGAUGAAACGUUUGGUUGGGAGAUUGGAGCAAGGUCUUGAUAAGCCAUGACAGAGAUAGGAUCAUGUUUCCGCGAUCUA